AUGGCCUACGCAGAUCACAGUUCAAGCACACAUGCCACUUCCUUGGACAAUGGUGCAAGUCCCCUUCAUCCUUGCUCAGAUGAUGGCCAGGCAACCGAUCCGAAGCCUUUCAUUGCGGACGAGAUGCUCCAGACCGACACCAAAACCAUAGGCCUUUUUCGUCCUCCUCUCGACUACAUACCAGGAUCGACUGGCUGGAAUUGGCAUGAGGAUGGCUGGCAGUCAGCAUUCUCAGCAGCGCUAUCACAGAAGGGUAUCGAAAUGACCGCAGACCAGAUCGAAAUAGCAUACAACAACAUCGCCGACCCACAGUCAAGUCUCCUCUAUGAUCCCGUAGACCGAAACACCGCAGUAUUCCAGGACGAACCAGCGGCAUCAUUGAUGGCUAGAUAUGGUAUCGAAGACCGAAAGUUCAGCUUGAUCAUCAUCUGUCCAUAUGUCCGUGCCGAUGGUGUUGACUGGGAGCGUAUCUACGACACGAUGAAUCGGCCGCCAAUCUACUCCAGGUGGUCGACUGGAGCGCAGGCCGUUCAUGAGCCCAUUGUGCUCAUGUGUUUACCCAGGCUCGAGACAAAAACUGGCAGGGAGUCAUACAACAAGACAGUUGAUUGGUUUUCAGUGAACCCACGCCCAAACACCACGUUCUCGGAUGAUUUCGACCUUCUAUCAAAGGAGUUGUCUAGUGAAGACAUAGACGAAUACAUGGACACCUUCAACUUCCCCACGCAGCUUGGCUUUCGACAGUCGGCCUUUCGACAGGCUCUCGUUCGCAUUCAUCGCAUGAUCGCUCUUGGUCUAUUUGUUCAUGAUGACGACUUGCCCGCCUGGAUCGAACAGUAUGGUGAACAUCUCUUGGAACUCGAAAAACACGACAUGGACGACGACCCGCCCGUAUUCAAAUUCGAUGAGGACGAGCCCUUCCAAGGCGGCGAUGAAACUAUAACCUACCGCACCAUCACAGCAUUGAUCUUGAACCCUAGCUUUGAAGCUGCGAACGCUGCGGAAGAGUGGGAUGAAGCUAUAGAGAACUACGUUACGUGGUGUCUUGAGCCAGACGACGAGUUGGCUAAAGAGGCCUUCGAAACAUUCGCCAAACAGCUGGAAUUCGCUGCUGGAGAGCGAUAUUAG